AUGGUUUGGAGUGACUUCAUCCAAGGAAUUCUCUCUCUUUCGCUCAUUGGACCUGGAAUUGGAGGGAACGUCCUGAUGUUUGUAGGACACGUGUAUAUGUUUGUUCGAGGUCCUGAGAAACGAAACAUAGACCUUAUUCUCAUGCAUCUGGCUUUCACUAACGCAAUGAGCCUUUGUGCUAAAGGCGUUUCUGAUGUAAUAUCGGCUUUUCACUUAAGUAACUUCCUAAGUAAUGUUGGUUGUAAAGCGGUGAUUUACCUUGAGAGGGUGGCACGAGGUCUUUCGAUCUGUACCACCUGUCUCCUCAGUGUGGUCCAGGCCACCACCAUCAGUUCCAAGGCCACCACAUGGACCAAGUUCAAACCUCAGACUGCACGGCAACUUUUGCACUGUCUCCUCUGCUUCUGGGUCUUUAAUAUCCUGAUAGGCUCUAACUUGCUGUACUACAUCACAUCAGUCAACAGCAUGAACAGAUCUGCAGUGACAUAUUAUGUUAAAUAUUGCUAUAUGCAGCCAGCCGAGCCAAUAGUCCGGUGGCUCUUCCUUACUCUCAUGGCUGUGAGGGAUCUCAUGUUUCAGGGCCUGAUGGGUUGGAACAGUGGUUGCAUGGCUUCUCACUUGUAUGUCCAUCACAAGUGUGUCCUCUACCUACGGAGUUCCAGGUUCACAAAAAAGAAAACCACCAGCCCAGAGAUCAGAGCUACACAAAGUAUUCUCCUUCUCAUGGCCUGUUUCCUUUUCUUUUAUUGGGCAGAUUUCAUUUUCUCCUUCUACAUAGGCUCCUUCUUGACCAACGAGCUCACAAUAUUUAAUAUAAAAAUAUUCUUAACACUUGGGUAUGCCAGUCUCAGCCCUUUCAUGUUAAUUGGCAGGAAUGUCCACCUUGUUCAUUGCUGGUAA